AUGUCGAUUGGCGCCGCCGUGUUGGGCUCUAGAACGCGUCCGUUGCCGGUGCAAUGGCUCAUCAACCACUACAAGUUGGACGUCACUGUCUACGACUCCUACGAAGGCCACCCUGAGUUUGAAAAGGCGUUUCCUUUGAAGAAAGUGCCCGUGUUCAUUGGGCCUAAGGGACUCAAGUUGAGAGAAGCGUUGGCCAUCUGCCAGUACCUUUUCCUUAUCGCCGAACCGGACUCGAAGUUGUUGGGUAAGACCGACGCCGAAAAGGCCCAGGUGACGAUGUGGAACUCCUACAGCAACUCCGACGUGUUGCCCACCGCCGCCGCCGUGUUCCGUCCCUUGCUCAACGACGGCACCCCGUACAACAAGAAGAACGUCGACGAGAAGAGCGCGUUGUUGAACGAGCAAUUGAAGGCGUUUGAACAGCGGUUGACCACCCACACCUACCUUGUCGGCGAACGGUUGUCUUUUGCCGAUAUCUACUCGGCCCUCAUGCUCCAGAGACCGUUCGCGUUGUUGUUCGACCCUGAAUGGCAACGUCAAUACCCUCAGACCACCCGUUGGUUCAAGUUGAUCACGUCGCAGCCACUGGUGGCCGCGGUGUUGCCCAAGGGCUACAAGAUCGCCGAAAAGCGUCUUGAGUACGUUCCUCCUAAGAAGGAACCGAAGGCGAAGAAGGAAGCCGCCCCUAAGGCUGCUGCUGCUCCUAAGGCCGCUGCGGCUAAGGAAUCUGCUCCCGCCGCCGAGGAAGCGCCUAAGAAGCCUAAGCACCCUCUUGAAGCUUUGGGUAAGGCGUCUGCUCCCUUGGACGAGUGGAAGAGAACCUACUCCAACGAGGAAACCAGAGAAGUGGCCAUCCCUUGGUUCUGGAAGAACCAAUGGAACCCCGAAGAAUGGUCGUUGUGGAAGGUCGACUACAAGUACAACGACGAGUUGACUUUGACCUUCAUGUCGAACAACUUGGUUGGCGGUUUCUUCAACCGGUUGUCGGCUUCGACUAAGUACAUGUUCGGGUGCAUGGUUGUCUACGGGGAAAACAACAACAACGGUAUCACCGGUGCCUUUUUAGUCAGAGGCCAAGACUACGUGCCUGCGUUCGACGUGGCUCCUGACUGGGAAUCCUACUCGUACUCGAGAUUGGACCCCACCGACGCCAAGGACAAGGACUUCAUCGACAACAUGUUUGCCUGGGACAAGCCGGUGGUGGUCAACGGUGAGGAAAGAGAGAUUGCCGACGGGAAGGUGUUGAAGUAG